AUGAGAAGAAUCAGAUAUUCUCUAAUAUUUACUCUUCUUGUAAUUAUUUUUGUAAUACAAGCAAGGGUAUCUGCUCGUACACUAUUAUCAAAACAACAAAAAUCAGCGUCGAUAGAUCAACGUAUCGAUUGUUAUCCUGAAGCUGCUUCACCACACGGAGACUAUUCAAAACAAUCAUGUUUAGCUAGAAAUUGUUUAUUUGACGAGGGAGCUGGCUCAGGUGUUAUACAAUGCUAUUUACCACCUAAUUAUGGUUACAUAUUACAAGAUUCUGCAGAACAAAUGAAUAAUGGCUUAAGAUUGAAGUUAAAGCGAAACUCAGCAGUGGGUAGUAUGUUUCAACAACCUAUUGAAAAUGUUUUACUUGAUGUUCAACAUUAUACAACUGAUAUUAUCAGAUUUAAAUUAUAUGAUGCUGACAACGAACGAUAUGAAGUACCAAUACCGUUGACACCUGCUUCUGCUGAAAUAUCUUCACCAAAAUAUGAAUUUGGCUAUACAUCAGAUAGUUCACGUGAUAAUAUUCUUUCAUUUACAAUAAAACGCAAAGAUGACAAAACAGUUUUAUUUGAUACAUCACUUGGUGGUCUUGUUUUGAAUGAUCAAUUUCUUCAAAUCGUUACUCGACUUCAAUCCCCACAUGUUUAUGGUUUUGGCGAAAAUAAUCAUGAUACACUUAAACAUAAUGUUCAAGAAAAAAAAUCAUGGGGAAUAUUCGCUCGUGAUCAAGGAACGAAUUGGGAUUCAAAUGCAAACCAUUAUGGUUCUCAUCCAUUCUAUCUUGUUAUGGAACAAAUAUUAAAUUCUAACGAAGCUCCAUCUGGUCGUAUGCAUGGUGUUCUUUUACUUAAUUCAAACGCUAUGGAUUAUGCAUUUGGAACAACACCUUCAUUAACUAUGCGAACCAUUGGUGGUAUCUUGGACUUUUUUGUUUUUCUUGGUCCAACACCAGAACAAGUUGUUCAACAAUAUACAUGGCUUGUUGGUCGUUCAAUAUUACCACCGUAUUGGUCACUUGGUUUUCAACUUUCCCGUUGGGAUUAUUCAAAUUUAACUCACAUGCAAAAUAUCAUUAAGCGAAAUCGAGAUGCUGGUAUACCACUUGAUGUUCAAUAUGCUGAUAUUGAUUAUAUGGAUGCUGCGAAAGAUUUUACAAUUAGUCCAAAACAUUUUCAAGGUAUGAAAGAAUAUUUUGCUCAAUUAAAUAGUGAAGGUGUACGAACCAUCGUUAUUUUGGAUCCGGGCACCAUUGAUGAUCAAGUUAAUUAUAAACCAACUAUUGAAGGCAUAAACGAAGAUGUUUUCAUUAAAUGGGAUGAUACGAAAACAUUAAUGAAAGGUUCAUGUUGGCCAGGAGAUGUCUUUUUUCCAGAUUUUUUUACUAAACGAGCACAAGAUUGGUGGUCACGAUGGAUUAUUGACUUUCGUCGUGUUAAUCUAUCGAUUGAUGGACUAUGGAUUGACAUGAAUGAACCCGCUUUAUUUGAUACUAAUGAAGCAGCUCCUUGGAAUGCAGCAGAUACAGGAAGUAAUUAUACAUUGAAAUGUGCUCAAAAUCGAUGGGAUGAUCCACCUUAUCGAACUAAAGCCGCAUAUCGUUGGGAUGGAAAAAUGAGUCGCCCUGGUCGUUUAUCCGAUCGUACAUUAUGCAUGGCAGCACUACAAGGUGAAAUUGAUCCCAAAACAAAUAAACCAAAAUAUCGUCAUUAUGAUGUUCAUAAUUUGUACGGAUGGAGUCAAACAAAACCAACAUUAGAUGCUAUGCGGCAAAUAACUGGAAAGCGAAGUUUAAUUUUGCCGCGUUCCACAUUUGUUGGUUCGGGCCAAUGGUCUGGCCAUUGGCUUGGCGAUAAUGAAGCAACAUGGCAUGAAAUGAAAAGAUCUUUAAUUGGUAUGGUAGAAUUCAAUUGGUUUGGCAUUCCAUUUAAUGGUGCAGAUAUUUGUGGAUUUGAUAAAACACCAACAGAAGAAAUGUGUAUUCGUUGGAUGCAAGUCGGAGCUUUUUAUCCAUUUUCUCGAAAUCAUAAUAUAUGGAAAACACCCGAUCAAGAUCCCGCUGCUUGGUCACCAUCAGCUGUCUCAACUAUGAUAGUAGCACUUCGUAUUCGAUAUUCAUUACUCCCGUAUUAUUAUACAUUAUUAUAUAAAGCACAUACAAAAGGUUCCACAGUAAUUCGACCGUUAUUUCAUGAAUAUCCAACAGAUAAAACAACUCUGGAUAUUUUUCUACAAUUUCUUAUUGGACCUCAUAUAAUGAUAGCUCCAGUUACAGAUGAUGGUGUAAGACAAAUUCAAGUUUAUAUUCCAUCUUCUUACUGGUAUAAUUAUUAUUCUGGCUCAAGAAUUCCAUAUCAAAAAAAAUUUAUGACAUUAUCAGCACCAUUAGAUACAAUUCCAAUUUUACUACGAGGUGGAGCUAUCAUUCCAACACAACAAUUUGCUAAUAACACCAAAAAUUCAAGAGAAAAACCAUUUGGUUUAGUAAUUGUUUUAAAUUCUGAUGGCAAUGCCGAGGGAGAUCUUUUCUAUGAUGAUGGUGAAUCCAUUGAUUCAGUUGGAUCAAAAUUAUAUUAUUAUGCAACAUAUAAAUGGUUAAAAUCUGAAAAUCAACUAACAAUAUCUGUUCUUGAAAAUAAUUAUGCACACAUGUCAAAUUUAAUAUUAGAUACAUUAGCUAUCUAUGGAUUAGAUACUAUUCCCACAAUGUUUAAUGUUAAUGAUAAACAAUUUGAACCAGAAAGAAGACCUAAUACACAAAUUGUUGAUGUGAUAGGUUUAGGCUUAUCCAUGAGCCAAAAUCAUACAUUAACAUGGCCGACAAUAGGAACAUCAGUUAUUGAAAUUGUUGAACCACCAGCGGCUGUUUUAACCGAAGCAAAAUAUAGAGUAGAUUGUUUUCCAGAUAAAGAUGCUACAAGUAAUGGCUGUACAGCUCGUGGAUGUGUUUGGCAGAUUGCAAGUGAGCCUGGUUUCCCGGCUUGUUUUGUACCAAAAGAAAAAGGUGGAUAUGGCCAAAAUGAUUCAGCAGUACAAUUAACAGAUGCUGUCACCCGUUAUUCAUUAUCACGUUUAUCAACAAAACCUAUUUUUAAUCGAGCCAAUGAAAAUAUUCACUUGGAUUCUAACAAGACAACAUCAAAUGUAAAACAACUUGUUACAACUCGAUCAACAGUAUUUUCGAUGUAUGAUGAGGAUAUUGAACAUUUAAAUGUGCAAGUUAGCGUAUCAGGUACUGAUAUGAUACGUUUAACAAUUCUUGAUGCUGAUAAACAACGUUAUGAAGUUCCUGUACCUAUUCGAUGGCAAGCAUCAUCACCUUCGUCGUCGGUUAAGGCUAAACUUAAAUAUGAAAUGACACAAACAAAAAAUGGACAAAUUGGUUUUCGUGUAAAACGUACAGAUACACAGUCAAUUAUAUUUGAUACAUCAUAUUUUGCUGAAGGUUUUAUUUAUGAAGAAAAAUUUAUUCAAUUUAUAACAACAAUUCCAUCAAGAAAUGUAUAUGGUUUCGGUGAAAAUACUCAUUCAACUUUUCAACAUAUUCUUAAAGGUUCAUCUCGUUAUGGAAUAUUUGCUCGUGAUCAACCACCACAAGGAACAAAUGAAAACUUAUAUGGAACGCAUCCAUUUUAUGUCGUAAUUGAAGAAGAUGGACAAGCAUUUGGCGUUUUUAUAUUUAAUUCUAAUGCACAAGAUUAUAAAUUAGAUGAAUUCGAAGAUGAUCAAGCAAUGCUUACCUAUCGAACACUUGGUGGUAUUUUAGAUAUCAUGUUUUUUGCUGGACCACGCCUCGAAGAUGUUAUUCGACAAUAUCAAGCUGUUAUUGGUACUCCUUAUAUGCCGCCCUAUUGGUCAUUAGGUUUUCAACUUUGUCGAUAUGGUUAUAAUACACUGGAAAACAUGCGAGCAGCUAUGCAAAGAACCUUAGAUGCAAAUAUUCCAAUUGAUGUCUUGUACGGUGAUAUAGAUUAUUUUCGAAAUCAACUUGAUUUUACGUGGGAUCCAAUUCGUUUUAAAGGUUUACCAGAAUAUAUCGAUUGGUUACAUACACAAGGAAUGAAAUUUAUUACAAUUCUUGAUCCAGCUAUUGAUUCUCAAGAACCAAAUUAUGAUGUUUUCAUAGAAGGGCAAAAAGCAGAUGUUUGGAUUAAAUGGCCGGAAAAUAAAAAUAUUCAAUUUAAUGAAACCAACAAUAGAAAUAUGGUUGGAUAUGUUUGGCCUAUUGGUAAGGCAGUAUUUCCUGAUUACUUCUAUCCUCCAGCUAAAGAUUGGUGGAAAAAUCAAAUAUUGAAUUAUUAUGCAAAAUUAAAAUUUGACGGUUUAUGGAUUGAUAUGAAUGAGCCAGCCAAUUUCGAUACAAAUAAAGAUAAACCAUGGAAUUGGCCUCAUUCUACACCAUGGAAUCUUCAUUGUCCACUUGACGAACCAUUGGAAUCUCCACGAUAUAAAACUGCUAUAUUCGGUGAGUAUCUAUCUGACAAAACUCUUUGUAUGAUCGGUGAACACAGUGAUGGCAGAGGAAAAAUUUAUAAAAAUUAUGAUGUACAUAAUUUAUAUGGAUGGUCAGAAACAGUGGCAACAUUACCAGCAGCUCGUGCAACAGAGAAUAAACGUUCAAUAGUUAUAAGUCGUUCAACAUUUCCAACAUCAGGUUCAUAUGCUGGCCAUUGGUUAGGUGAUAAUACGGCAGCGUGGUCACAUUUGAAAUAUAAUAUCAUUGGAAUGCUCGAAUUUAAUUUAUUUGGUAUACCAUAUGUUGGUGCUGAUAUUUGCGGUUUUGAAGGAGAUACAACUGAAGAAAUGUGCCAACGUUGGAUGCAAUUAGGAGCAUUCAAUCCAUUUUUCCGUAAUCAUAAUGGUUUAAGAUAUGCUGAUCAAGAUCCAGGAAUUUUCCCACCAAAUAUUGUUGAAUCAAAUCGUCAUGCUGUUGUAACGCGUUAUACGUUAAUUCCAUAUUUAUAUACGCUUUUUCAUCGCGCUCAUAUUUCUGGUGGAACUGUCGUUCGUUCAAUGGCACAUGAAUUUUCAACAGAUUCAUCAUCUUGGUCACUGGAUGAACAAUUUUUAUGGGGUUCACAUUUAUUAAUAGCACCCGUGAUUUAUGAAGGUCACACAACAAAAAAUGUCUAUUUACCAGCAACAGAACGAUGGUUUAAUUACUAUACCGGUGCAGAAAUAGAAACACGUGGUUCAAUUGUUGUGUCAGCACCAAGAAAUUACCUUCCAUUAUAUUUACGUGGUGGCUCGAUUGUACCUCAUCAACAAUCAGCUUUGAAUACAGUUUUAUCACGUAACAAGCCAUUUUAUUUAUACGUUGCUCUUGAUGACAGACAAAAAGCGGGAGGAGAUUUGUUUUGGGAUGAUGGCGAAUCAAUUAAUACAUAUGAAACAUCACAUUAUAAUUAUUUUAUAUUUAACUAUAAUUCACAACGUUUAACAAUUGAACCAUGGACCUAUAAAUAUCCAGAUAUGAAUAAUAAAUUAGAGGAAAUUUCUAUAUUUGGUGUAACGACCCCACCAACAAGAAUAAUUUGGAAUGGACAAGAUUUAUCAAGUAGCACAUGGACAUUAGAUGUAACUUUAAAUAUUCUUAGAAUGAAUGCUCUGGCUUUGGAUUUAUCUAAAACACAUAGAUUUAUUUUUCUUUGA